AUGACCAGUAGAAGGAAACCAGUCAAGCUGGAAAGGCCGUCCCCUAGACAAAAGUGCGUGUUACAUAUGACCGAGACACAUAUCUAACGGCUGCUAUAACACCAACUUCAUCUUACAUUCAUUCCUCCAAAGCAAGAGGUAAAGAAACAUGGCGUCCGCAGGACUUCAAAUCUUGGGCAUAUGCCUGGCUAUGCUCGGCUUCUUGGGAAGCAUCGUCAUCUGUGGCUUGCCCAACUGGAAGGUGACAGCAUUCAUUGGAGCCAACAUUGUGACUUCGCAGACCAUCUGGGAAGGUUUAUGGAUGAACUGUGUGGUUCAGAGCACAGGACAGAUGCAGUGUAAGGUCUAUGAUUCUCUGCUGGCACUUCCUCAAGAUCUGCAGGGUGCCAGAGCCUUGGUGAUCAUCGCCAUCAUCGCUGGGGUGUUUGGAGUCCUCCUGUGCAUCGUGGGAGGAAAGUGCACCAACUUCGUGGAAGACGAGGCGUCUAAAGCGAAGGUCGCCAUCGCCAGCGGUGUUAUCUUCAUCGUCGCUGGAAUUCUUGUCCUCAUUCCCGUCUGCUGGACCGCGAACACCAUAAUCAGGGACUUCUACAACCCUAUAUUGAUGGACAGCCAAAGGAGGGAGCUCGGGGAAUCACUUUACAUCGGCUGGGCUUCAGCCGCCUUGCUUUUCCUGGGUGGAGGUCUCCUCUGCAGCUCUUGCCCACCGAGUGAGGAUGUUCCCAGGAAUGUGAAGUAUUCUCAAGCUAGGUCUGUGGACAGCAGCAAAGCUUAUGUUUAAAAAGUUUGAGAUCAACUAAACAAAAAAUGUUGAAGAGGAACUAAUUUACUUACAAAUUUCAAAUGUAAUUUCUUCAAAUAAAUGAAGCUUAAUGAAGUAUUGGAACAUCAAUUGCCACAAAAUAUUAAUGCAUCAUACUGUACGUGUUCAUAUUUUUUCAUUGUAUAUUAAUUCAAGAAAUGCAUGUGGAAACCAUUAGGGUUAUGCACACAAAGGCAAAUUUUAUAUAAAAAUGUAAAACAGUAAUAUUGUGAAAUAUCAUUGCAUUAACCGCAAAUAACCGUUUUCUAUAAAUCUAUUUUGAAAACUGAUGAUGUGUUCAAUAUUUUUGAAGAAACCAUGAUACUUUUUCCAGCAUUCUGUGAUGAAAAGAAUAGCAUUUAUUUUAAAUGGAUUUUUUUGCAACAGUGUGAAAGUCUUUUACAGUCUCUUUUGAUCAAUUUAAUGCAUCUUAAGAGGACAAUAUCCUUUCUUUUCUUCUCCAGUCUUGCUGUAGGGAGACAAUUCACAUUUAUAGACUAUUGAGUUUUUUUUUCUUUUCCUCAAGACUGACAGAUGAAUACAGAGACUGAUAAGAAACUGAUAUGCAUUGAAUACUCGUGAUGGUGUAUGGUUACAUAGACAAAAUUGUUUGGUAAAUUUGAUUAAUAUUGAAGUUCUUGUUCAAUCAAACGAUUGACAUUUGUGAUAUUUUGAGAGAAAAAGACACCACUCCAUUAUUCAUUAUUUUAUUUUAUUGUCAUUGCAAUUAUCUGUGUAUGUUUUGGGGUAAAAGAAGAGUGCACUGUAAGUGAAUUUUUUUUCAUGUUUGAACUGUGUGUAACUUGUGUUGUCUGUUUGUUCUCUUCUAUAUAUUAAAAUGUAUAUAUCAA